CCCGGCUUCCGUCGUGAUCAGUUCGAGGCAACCAUCCUCGAAAGGCCUGAGAAAGCGAGAGAUAGAGAAACGCGCGUGUUUGUGCCCUUGAUCCGCGUGUUCCUUACCGAAUAUACAAAGCACCAGAAUUCCAACAACAAGAUCAAAUUUGGAAUUCGAGGAUCUUGGAUCAGCCCGGAAGGGCAGAGCUGCUGCAGCCAUGCCAGCCGAUGGAAUGGAGCUGGAGACUCUUUAUCAACGCUACUGCAUUCGACUGAAACACGCCCUCUUCUUAUCCUGCGUUAGCGUGGCGACAAUCACUUGUCUGGUCCUCCUCAUCAUAACAUGCUUCAUGCAAUUCCAAGAUGUCCAGGACAGGAUGUUUCCGAUCAUAAUGAUAUCGGUGAUGACGGUGACGCUGGUGAUGGUGCUGCUGGCGUCGCAGUUUCCGAUUGUGAUGGAAUCGGAAGCUUGGGCUCUGAUCGCCUCGAUCCUCGUGACCGGAAUCGUCGCCACUUCGACGCUGCUGCUGGCCGGAAGACACGCGCCGCUUCCGCUCUUCGCCCUGCUCCUCGCGCUGCACACCAUGCUUCCGGUUUCCCGACUUGUUGCUAUAGCCAUGGCAUUCCUCGUCACCGUCGCCCACUUAACAACUUCCAUAGCCUACAGAUACACCUCUGAUGUUCACUCUUUCUACAUGCAGCUAAUCUCAGAAGUUGUGCUGCUCGCGGCGGCCAGUGGGACGGGACUCUAUUAUCGUUACAUGACCGAAGGGGCUCAUCGUCGGACCUUUGUCGGCACAAGGACUUGCAUCGAGUCAAGGGUGAAAUUAGAGUGCGAAAAGGAGCAGCAGGAGCAACUCCUUCUCAGCGUUAUUCCAGCUUACAUCGCAGCAGAGGUUAAGCGGAGCAUCAUGCUGAAGAUGGCGGAUGCCUGUCAAGAGGUGACCAACAAGCAGAGCUUCCACGAGAUGUACGUGCAAAGACACAACAACGUCUCCAUCCUUUAUGCAGACAUCGUCAACUUUACGCCGUUAUCCGAGCAACUUUCCGCCUCGGAUCUCGUCAAAACUCUUAACGAACUCUUCGGCAGAUUCGAUCAAAUUGCUCAGGAUAAUCAAUGCAUGAGGAUCAAGAUCCUUGGGGACUGUUACUACUGCGUUUCCGGUCUUCCCGUGUCGCGGCCUAAUCACGCCUACAACUGCGUCAAUAUGGGCCUUCAGAUGAUCGAAGCCAUCAGGUUUGUGCGCGAAGCGACUGGCUUUAAUGUGGACAUGAGGAUUGGAAUUCAUACUGGUAACGUUCUUUGUGGCGUCUUGGGACUCCGCAAGUGGCAGUUUGACGUCUGGAGUGACGACGUCACGCUCGCCAAUCACAUGGAAUCUGGUGGAAUCGCCGGGCGAGUUCACAUAACGAAGUCAACGCUCCUUCAAUUAGGGGAUCGUUUCGAGGUCGAACCAGGAGAUGGCGUCUCGCGUGAAGGUUAUUUGUCCGAUCACAAGAUCGAAACUUACCUCAUAGUCCCGCCAAAGAAGAUCUCCGAGACUGAUGGUCAGAAUGGUAACGUCAGAGUGCAUCUGUCUACGAUAUCGGAGAGGAACAACAGUCUGACAGGUGGAGACUCAGGAUCUGUAGGAGGAGGAGGUGGUGGCUACGGUGGCAUCGGUCUCGCCAUCCCCGGUGGAGCGCCUACGCGAUCCAGACCAUCCACCAAGAUGACGAAGUAUGUGGAAUGUUGGGGGGCGGACAAACCGUUCGCCAACAUCGCCGAGUCAACAUUGGCCAAAAAUAUUGAACUCACCUCCGAUUCGUACCAGCAGGUAAAGCGAGUUGAAAAAAGUUUGGCGAUGAUCGAGUCGAAUUUGCUGCCGGUGAGGAGUACGUGUUUCGCAUGGUACAGGAAAUGGAGUAGCGAAGAUCUGCAUCCGGCGCUGCUUUGGUUUCGUAGCAGCCGCCACGAGGACGAGUAUCGAGGACAACCGGAUCCGGAGUUCCGUUAUUACAUGGCCUGCUCCGGUGCAAUAUUCCUUUCGAUCCUGAUCAUGCAGGUCACCACAAUACCCAAGAGUUUAGUUCUGUAUGGCACCCUGGCGCCCACAUUGAUCGUGCUGAUAGUGUUCGUAUAUUUGACUUGGUUGGAUGGAUGCUGCGGUCCAGAGCAGAGAUCCGAUACGCCCAUGGACAAUUUAGGCGGAUGUUCUCCUCCGGGACAAAUUGUGGCGGAGAGCCGUUGUUUGCGCGUCGCAAUUUUCCUCCUAUCCGUCAUCCUCAUCUCUACGUGCACGGUCAUCUCUCUGGUCGACUACAAUCCUACGAUCUCGGAAAUGGAGAAUUCGACGUCGACGGUAGAGGAUGUAGAAGCUCCCAUCAUUGAAUACGUCCCUACGUACCUCUACAGCUCUGCUUUGAGUCUGGCUGCGAUCUCGGUGUUUCUUCGUAUGGGUUUCCUGCUUAAGCUGGUGCUGAUGGUAGCCACCGCCACCUGUCACAUCAGCAUCUACAGUUAUUUGGAGUUCUUCCAGGAUUACCACGACGCUCACGACGAUGAGUUUCCUGGUCUUCCGUUCGAGGUGAAAAGCGCCAUGGUACUCAGCGUCGCCGUUAUCCUCUUCCACAUCUUGGAUCGUCAGAUCGAAUUCACCUCGCGGACAGAUUACCUCUGGAAAGCAAAACUCAAAGUCGAACAGGAGGAAGUCGAAACCAUGAGAGGAAUCAACAAGAUUCUUUUGGAAAAUAUUCUGCCUGCGCACGUCGCCGAACAUUUCCUGGCGACUCGUGUCAAUCAGGAUUUGUAUCACGAGCGAUACUCCUGCAUAGCCGUGAUGUUCGCUUCCAUUCCAAACUACAAAGAGUUUUACGAUGAGAGCGAUGUGAACAAGCAAGGCCUCGAGUGCCUCAGGCUGCUCAACGAAAUUAUCUGCGAGUUCGACAAGCUGCUGCUGAAACCUAAGUUCAGUUGCAUCGAGAAGAUCAAAACCAUUGGCAGUACGUAUAUGCUGGCAUCGGGGUUGAGACCAGGCAAAGAGGACGAUAACAAUGAUAACUCUAAGGAUACGAGCAGGAAAGAGGAACACAUCAUAGUGACGUUGGUCGAGUUUGCGGUCGCUUUGAUGUCCACUCUCGAACAGAUAAACAGAGAUUCUUUUCAACGUUUCAAGCUGCGAGUCGGUCUAAACCAUGGACCGGUCAUAGCGGGAGUAGUUGGCGCGCAGAAGCCCCAAUACGACAUCUGGGGAAACACGGUCAACGUCGCCUCUAGGAUGGACUCUUGCGGAAUCAUGGGAAGGAUCCAGGUGACCGAAUUCACGGCCAAAAUACUGAUGAACGCAGGAUACGAGUGCGAGUGCAGAGGUCCGACCUACGUCAAGGGCAAGGGUACGCUGACCACGUACUUCGUUAAGACGCAGUUCGAUGACAGGCAGUGAGAUGGAUGGCAAUAACUGAUGAUGAACACUAUGUGAUAAGGUUGUGAUUUGUGAUCUGCCUCCCACGACAAAAGAUGCGAAACACCAAAAAAACACCGAUUAUUUAUUUAUGUAGUGUACGUUUAAGCUCUCUCUCUAUCUCUGUCUGUCCCUAUAUAUCUGUACCUCAAUGUCUAUAAAAAUACAUGUUGGAUGUUCUAUGUGAUCUCAUUUACAUAUGUAAAUUAAUCUUAUAUAAAUGUAACACGUUGCGAAUCCUUCGUAUUUCAAUCAGUUUCGUUACUUGAGAAUCAAGGAUGCGAUGCGAUUAUUUUUGGGGCGUACUCUGUCAAAUUAUUAAAUUGUUAUUAGUAAGCUGACUGUCAAUAAAGUGCAACUACAACAACAUGUAAACAUAUAUAAGGCAAGUGUCAGGAGAUAUUUUCGUAUUUAAAUUUUAUAAUUUAAAAACUAAAUAUAUACAAAUA